UAAAUGCACGCCUCCUUCACUUUGGGAAUUUGACAGUAAACAUCCCAUUGCUGCGUGCCGAUUUGAAAAGAAGAUUUGGGCGGGAGGAAGGUUAUUAGACGCCAUCUUGUUUGUUUUACUGAACCCGUGGAAAAAAAGUGUACGAAACGUAAACACAAGUUAUACGUACAAAAAGGAGAGUGACCGUUUACAAUUGUGGGAUGAAUAGAGGGGAUUAGUAGCAGACAAACAUAGCCGUCUUCAUCAUCUAGACACACUAGCUCAUGGUUGUUAAAUUGCAUUAAUAUUCAUUGGAACAAACCACUUGUCCUGAUUUGUCAGUAAAGUAUACCUGGUUGGCCUCUCAACUCCUCUUAUCCUGAGUCCUUCUUGUGAGGGCUUGUGUGCUGAGAGGUAGCUGGGAAAAUGUUUUACGCCCACUUUGUCCUGAGCAAAAGAGGGCCACUAGCCAAAAUUUGGUUAGCGGCCCACUGGGACAAGAAACUCACCAAAGCCCAUGUAUUUGAAUGUAAUUUGGAGAGCAGCGUAGAAAGCAUCAUCUCCCCCAAGGUGAAAAUGGCCCUGAGAACUUCUGGGCAUCUUUUGUUGGGUGUCGUAAGAAUAUAUCACAGAAAGGCAAAAUACCUGCUUGCAGACUGUAAUGAAGCCUUCAUCAAAAUAAAAAUGGCUUUUCGUCCAGGAGUGGUCGAUUUGCCAGAAGAAAACAGAGAGGCCGCAUACAAUGCUAUUACACUGCCAGAAGAGUUCCACGAUUUUGAUCAGCCUUUGCCAGACUUGGAUGAUAUUGAUGUGGCUCAGCAGUUUAGUCUCAAUCAGAGCAGAGUGGAAGAAAUCACAAUGAGAGAAGAAGUUGGAAAUCUCAACCUUCUUCAAGAUAAUGAUUUUGGUGAUUUUGGAAUGGAUGAUCGGGAAAUCAUGCGAGAAGGUAGUGCCUUUGAAGAUGACAUGCUGGUCAGUACUAGUGCUUCAAAUCUUCUGCUGGAACCAGAGCAGAAUUCAAGUCACCUGAAUGAGAAGAAUAAUCCUCUAGAAUAUGACCAUCAGGAUGAUAAUUUUGGAGAGGGAAAUGAAGGAGGCAUUUUGGAUGACAAACUUCUCAGUAAUGAAGAUGGUGGUCUCUUUGAUGAUCCUCCUGCAAUAACAGAAGAGGGUGUAAUAAUACCACCUGAACAGCCAGCUCAAGAAGAUGACGACGAUGAUAAUAUGUCAAUGGGUUUGCCAGACAGCCCUGAAUCUGUUGAUCAUACUGAGGCCCUACCGACUAUGACAGAUCAGACAACCUUAGUACCAAAUGAAGAAGAAGCUUUUGCACUGGAGCCUAUAGAUAUCACUGUUAAAGAAACCAAAGCUAAAAGAAAAAGAAAACUGAUUGUGGAUAGCAUCAAGGAACUUGACAGCAAGACUAUCAGAGCUCAGUUGAGUGAUUAUUCUGACAUUGUCACAACAUUGGAUCUUGCUCCACCUACUAAAAAGCUGAUGAUGUGGAAGGAAACUGGUGGUGUAGAAAAACUUUUCUCUCUCCCAGCUCAACCUCUUUGGAAUAGUAGACUACUGAAGCUCUUCACCCGGUGCCUUACCCCACUUGUACCAGAUGAGAUGAGGAAGAGGCGAAAGGGUGGAGAAGCAGAACAUCUUGACGAAUUCCUGAAAGAAUUUGAAAACCCAGAAGUACCAAGAGAAGAACAGCAGUCAUUGCCACAGCAGCCUCAGCAGUUACUGCAGACACAACAGCAGCGUGAUGUCAUUGAUGAGCCCAUCUUAGAAGAGCCAAGCCGCCUGCAGGAAACUAUUAUAGAAGGCAGCCGGACAGUGUUGGAUGAAUCUGUUAUGCCACCACCUCCACCAGCUGAUACAGUAGUCCAGCCAGAGGUACAGCCAGAUGUCCAGCAGACAGAACAGCCAAUGGAACAAGAACCUGUAAUUCCUCCACAGCCAGAUGUAGAACAGCAGCAACAGGAGGAAAUACCACAAGCUGAACUGCCUCCAGAGCCACCCCAGCCUCAGAACAUCACUGAGCUGAUGCAGGACUUUGACCUUGUACAGGAGAAUGAAAAGAAAAAAGAGGAAGAUGAGGAGGAAGAAGAGGAAAGUGCAACAGGCGACCAGGAUCAAGAAGAAAAACGGUGGAACAAGAGAACUCAGCAGAUGCUUCAUGGUCUGCAGAGAGUGUUAGCGAAGACUGGUGCAGAAUCCAUUAGCUUAUUGGAGCUUUGCAAAAACAAUAACAAAAAGCAGGCUGCUGCCAAAUUUUAUAGUUUCUUGGUACUGAAAAAGCAGCAAGCUAUUGAGCUGGUACAGGAAGAGCCUUACAGCGACAUCAUUGCAACUCCAGGACCAAGAUUUCACAUAAUCUAAAUAUUUAUUCUGCAGAGACUUUUGGUCAUCAUUGCUAGGACCGAGACACAGUGCCCAAGUGGUAGUGAACUUUUGAGACCAUUACAGAACUUUUAAGGAUGUUGCUUUGUUUGUAUAAAGUUUUUAUUUUACGGGCAGCAUCUUUUUGUUUAAAAAUGAGGGUGGGAUGACGUGUGAUGUACAUGUUCAAAGAAACGGCUCCAGAAAAUCUCCCAGCAAAUCACGGUUUCUGUCUUGAAGAAUGAUCCUUGUUAUCUAUGAUCAUACCAUAAACAUUUUCUAUAUAUUGACAGAUUAUUCUUGAGACUGAAGCAUGCAGGUGUUUCAUCGUUUACAGAUAUAGUACUGACUUGGGAAGUGGGAAAGCCCAUUAUUUUGGGCGAGUUCUUUUACUUGGUGUGGGUUUUGUGAAAUGAUUGGAUUGAAACAGAAGAGUGAUUUGAAGUAGUUAUUACGCAUUCAAACUGCUGCACAGGCUCAAGAAUUGAUGUUUCUUUCCCUAUGGAAAUUUCGGAGAUAGCAUCUUGCAAUUCAGGACGUCUUAAGAGUUGUUUAUCGUGUAGCAUGCUGAAAGAAAAGAUUUCAGUCAUAAUUGCAGCUUACCAAAGACUCUGAAACAUCUAGCAUCCCAUUCAGUCAGAAUGUCCCUUCUCUGGGAGAGAGAUGUGCAGCUUUGCUCUUCAUUUGCAAAAAGAGUAUGAUGCUGCUCCUCUGCAAUGGAGAUAUGUAGAUGGGUGCAUUAUACUGCUGCUGUCUAGCCAUUCGAUAUCUGAGAUGAGGAAGAGGGGCAUGAUAGUUGGCUUUGAAAAAGGGUAAAAGUGCAUAUUAAUAAGUUCAGCAUCAUUGUUUCAAAAAUUGACAAAUCUAAAAAAAAGUGAACAUUUUUGUAAAAUUAUCAUGUGCCUGUAUUUAUAUAUAGCACUGCACUUUUAUUUUGCUACAUGCAAGAUUAGGCUGGAGUUAUUUUCUGCAUGUAAAAAAUUAUUGGAGCACAUUUCACCAUGUUUUGCAGUAAAUUAACUGUGAAAGGUUUUUUUGCUGAUCAGUGAUGCUGAUUUCUUGCUGUUUUUCUGUUUUGAAGGAAAUGUGCAUUGAAACUUGCUUGUCAACAGCCACUUGUCAGAAACUUUUGAAAUGCCUGUGUGUAAUAGUAUCAGGGAGAAUAUCUGAAUUUCUGUUGACAUCUGUGAGAGAAAAAGCUCGUUUUUUUAGUAGUCUGUACAUCUUACUCAGAAUUGAAUGCUUCAUAAGCAGACAAUACAGUUUUUUAUGAUUAUGCUGAUUUGGAGAUCUCAAGGACAGUUUUAUGUGGAGCAGAUACUUAACACUGAAAUAUGAUGCCUUUGGUGUCAGCACUUUUGUGGCUGGUUCUCUGCCUAGGAGACCUUCACUUCAGACGUGCUUAGUCCCUAAAUUAUGUGCACAAAAAUUUAAAAUAGUCUGGUAAUUAUUUAAACUCCGUUUUAAAAAGACUUUUAAAGCAGUUUUACUUUGAACAUGAUGUGCCUGCAAAACUGUGUAUGCCCCUUUUUGUAAAAAUGAAAAACUGUAGAUAAAAUGUUGGCUGUGUAAUUAUAGAUGAGAACUUUCCUAUCACGUUUUGUUCAUUUGUUUGAUUUUUGUUGCUUCUGGUUGCUAACUGUUUCUGGAAAAAAAUUUGUAGCUAAUGCUAUGAUGUAUAAUUUUUUAAUAAAAUUGUUGUCACAAAGUGGUUCACAAA